GGAGCAAGCUGGGAUUUCUCAAGUGGAGAUGGCGAUACGACAAUGUCUUUACUGGCCAGAUGGCACAUUUAAGAAGCGUUCAAGAUCACUUGGAAUUCAAAGAGGCCUGGAGAGAAUGCGCCAACUGGUUAAUGCUGUAGUCGAUCAGUAUAGCGAGGAUCAAAAUCUUUCGGGGGAUCUUGCGUAUAAAGUUAAAGAUGUUGUGAAGUACGAAAUAUUCUGUGAAAAAUAUAUGCAGUACUACCAUUUCAACUUCACUACAAAGACUAAACGAGCUGAUCAUUUUGAUUGUGGCAUGGACAAACUAUUCUUUGCUGAAGUCAAAUGUCGACUACUAGCAGGACUUGAACAAUUUGUCGUCAGCUGUUUCCACAUGAUUGAUCCUACUGAUGAUGGCCACUGCUAUGGUUGUCGAAAUGAUAUGAAGCACCCCAACAAAGCUGAUGCAUAUGCUGGUGGUCAUGUACACAUGGAUGAUCUAUCUGAACGUCGUGCUCUAGAGUGGAGUGACUCUGAUGACGAGAAAGCUAAGGAGACUAGGAUAAGACGUAUGUUCGCGGGCCAUAAACCCAGUAAGAGGUCUCGGUAUGCCACUGGUAGGAUGCACUGGGGCGUAAGUGAAACGAAGGCUUGAACACUUUUUGUCCUUGUGAAUCACAUGUAGAAGUUGAUACGGUACAUGUAUUUUUUUUCCUUGAUUUUACUGCCACCUCUGGUCGAGUGUCUAAAGAAUACUCAAACUUGGAAGGCGUGAAGACUUUGAUAUUUGUAAAACUAGGCUAUUGCUUUUGCUGGACGAUGCAAAUCUAUCACCAGUGUUGGAAA